UUCUACAGAAAACUGCUUCUGGAAAUACGUUGUACAAAAUUUUAUUUGAAAUCAAAAAAAUAUAUAAAAAUGCCCAAAAGUAAUUGUAGUGACUGCACCUGCCGUUUGGCCAAUGAGGUGGGCCAACUAAAGGCUAUCGUGAAUGCCCAGAGCAAGACACUCGCCAAGUUGGUCAGGCAGAUGAAAGAAGGCUGCAGAAAGGACGAGGAGAACAAGGAGUCCACCCUUUGCGGUCUGAAUCCUUGCCUGAAGUGCCUGCAGCCCGACAUACUUUAUCACCUGGGACUUGACACUGAGACCACAGACUUCCCCAAGGUUUUUGGGGAUGUAAGGUUUGUUUGCAUGGGAGGAACAGCGGGACGGAUGGAGAACUUCGCCUACUACGUGAUGCAGGAGAUCGGCCUGAAGAUCAAUGCGGCCACCAAACUACGCGACAUGGCGGAGGCGGGCAAGCGAUUCUCCUUGUUUAAAGUGGGUCCCGUGCUCUGCGCCAGCCAUGGAAUGGGCUGUCCCUCGAUCUCCAUCCUGCUGCACGAACUCAUCAAGAUGAUGUACCACGCCAAGUGCAAGGACCCCGUCUUCAUAAGGAUCGGAACCUGUGGUGGAAUUGGCGUCGAUCCCGGAACUGUUGUCAUCUCCUCCGAGGCGGUCGAUGGCCGACUUAAUCCCGCCCACGAGAUCCUGGUGCACGGCAUCAGUGUCCAACAUUCCAGCCAACUGGACGAGGGUCUGGCCGAUGAAAUCAAGAUGUGUCACGAUCCCUGCAAGGACAAAUUUGAGGCCGUAAUCGGUAGGACACUAUGUGCCCAUGACUUCUACGAGGGCCAAUCGCGAUUGGAUGGUGCCUUUUGCGAAUAUACGCCGGAGAAUAAGAAGACCUAUUUGGAGCACCUGCAGAGCCAGGAGGUGAAGAACAUCGAGAUGGAGAGUCUUGCCUUUGCCGCCCUCACCAGUCGGGCCAACAUCAGCGGCGCAGUCGUCUGUGUGGCAAUUCUAAAUCGCUUAAAUGGAGAUCAGAUCAAAACACCUCAUGAGAUCUUGGCCAAGUGGGAGAAGAGACCUCAGGAACUAGUGGCCCGAUACAUACGCAAGGUCCUUUACUAUAACGAACACGAUAUGGAUUCGGAAGAACCCGAAGAGGAGUCCGAAGCAGGAGUUCCUCAAAGUGGGGCUGGAGACACCCAAAAGGCGCCUGCAGAGGAAGCUGAAUAG